UCAACUCAACAAGAAACAGUAACCUAACGAUAUAAUAAUGUCCUCCCCCUUCCAAUCCCAUUGGGACGUGUUGACAACGGCGGCUAAAGAAAAUGAGGUCACUGCCCUAUACAAAUCAAUCCAAGACGACCCAGAGAUCCUAAACAAAAUCAAUGAUAUCCCAUUCGUGGAUACCCCGUUGCACGUGGCAGCAGCAAAUGGCAACACCCUUUUCGCCGUCGAAACCAUGGCCAUAAUGCCCUCUUUUUGCAAGAAGCUCAACGGCGAAGCCCUAAGCCCGUUACACGUGGCCCUGCAAAACGGGCGCCUCGAAACCGCGCGCCAUAUGGUAAAAUUGGACAGCGGGCUGGUUCGAGUGGGCGGGAGGGGAAAGAUGACGCCGAUGCACUACUUGGUCUCCGUUACUAAGAAUGGUGACGCCGAGAAACUGGAGGUGUUGAUUGAUUUUCUGACGGCGUGCCCCGAAGCUGUUAAGGAUGUGACGGUUGAGUGCAAAACCCCAAUGCAUGUGGCGAUUGAUUCGAGGAGUUUUGAGGCUUUUGGAGUGAUGUUUGGUUGGCUUUGGAGGACUGGUAAGAUCAAUCUUUUAUACAUGGAAGAUAUCAACGGCAACUCUGCUCUUCGUUUGGCUGCAGAAGCAGAACAGACCAUUAAAUAUACUCAGCAGUCAGGUGUGGAGUGUCCAAAAAUAAUCCGAAAAGCAUUCAAAAGAAUCCGUGAGAACACCAAAGAAAUAAUAGCCAGCGCAAAGGCAAAGGAGGGAUUAAACCGCCUCAAAUUCUUCCUGUCACCGGAGACACCCAUGCAAAAGCUCGUCCGUUACUCCGCACACGUCCACAAAGGCAUGUCAAUGGAAAUCCGGAACGUGGUGCUAGUGGUGGCGGUGCUGGUAGCCACCGCCGUCUACCAAGCAACUCUCACGCCCCCCAACGCCGUCUUACACACCAAAGACCCCACUUCUUCCAACAUUAUGCUCACCCCAUCUCCAAUCACCAAAAAUGUCCACUACAAGCACCAUUUCACUCUGUUUGUAACUAUGAACACAUUGGCCUUCAAUCUCGCCUUAGGGGUGAUGCUAUUCGUGCUCCCCUUUGUUCUCUACAGCGUUUUCCUACACUUGGCGCUGUAUUUCAUGUCCGUCAGCUUCCUCAUCAUGUUGCACGUGACCGGCGGGGAGGAGCACAAGACCUCGGCCUCCGUGUUAAUGUAUAUUUCUUUGGGGCUGUUUGGCGUUACCUAUUGUGCGCGCUUGUUUAUUGCGUCCUUAAAGACGGUGUUAUGGACUCCGUGGUGGAUAGGGAAGCCGUAUCGUGUGAUGUGCAAGCUUAUUGGGUGUAUGGGGAAGGGUAUGCAGAAUAGUUUUCAGGAGCUUCAGCUGCAGAUGAAGACCGUGGGCUGGUCAGGCGAUCCCCAUGGCUCCUAUUAUCGCCAGUAGCUUAGCACUCACAUUAUAUAUGCCACCACUCCCGCCGCCUAUGCAUGCAUCAACAUACAUUUUCAUCGUCUGAGAAUAUGAUGCAAUAGUUAAUAAAAUGACUUCAAUCAUAGCUGUAUGUGUUACGUUUUUUGGCUUGUUUUGAUGUGUGUUUAUCAUUUUGGUGUGCAACCAAUUAAGUCACAAAGCUUUGUGUAUGUUAAAAUAAUUCAUU